UUGUUAAAUAAGCUAAAAAAUAGUUGGAAAUUAAAAGCAUUAAAGUGUUGUUGUUUUUUACAGGCUCUCCUAAACGAACUGCAACCAGAUUCGGCAUGGAUACGAAUCCAACAGAACACAUUUACCCGUUGGGUAAAUCAAAAAUUACAAGUCGCAAACUUACAGAUUGCAAACUUGGAAGCAGAUUUUGAUGACGGAUUGAUACUAAUUCGCUUGGUUGAGAUAUUGUCGGGAAAAUCGCUUGGAAAAUACAGCAGAAAAGUUACAUUUCGGUCACAAAAACUGGAAAAUAUAUCAUUAGCACUGAAUUUCCUUGAGCGAGAUGAAAAAAUCAAAUUAAUCAACAUAGACAGUUCUGCGAUAGCCGACCGUAACUUAAAGCUUAUAAUGGGUUUAAUAUGGACACUUAUUUUGCACUAUUCAAUUGCGCAACAGAUCUGGGAUGAACUUCCAGACGAAGCUCCAGUUCAGUUAACGCCGAAACAGAAGCUAAUGACUUGGAUUAAAGCUAAAUUACCUUCCGGUUUACCGCUUAACAACUUUACCUCUGAUUGGAACGAUGGUGUUCUGCUUGGCGCACUGGUUGAUGCUUGCAUACCAUAUUUGCACUUGAACUGGAAAGAAUGGAUACCGAAUAAUGCUCUAGAGUCAACGCGAAAAGCUAUGGAUAUUGCUAGUGAACGACUGAAUGUUGUCCCGGUACGUUACUGCAAUGGUAAUUUAAAACGGUAUUUUUUUGUAACUUUUCUACCAAACAAACUUUCACUGUUUAAGCUGAUAACGCCAGAAGAACUUAUUAAUCCAGCAGUAGAUGAGAAAAGUGUUAUGACUUAUCUAUCACAAUUUCCCCAAGCGAAAUACCGUCCGGCGCUCGGAUACGUUGAAGAUUUGGAUCUUUCACCAUUUAUUUCUACCGUAUCAAAGUUUACAUUACGAACGAACAGCGGUUCAACUAUACCGAAAGUUACGAUUCUGGACCCUAAUGGUGGGACGGUUCCAGCUGAAUUAGAAAAAGUGUCUUCAAUGAUUUAUACCGUUAAAUAUACGCCAAAAAUUGUUGGUCAACAUCAGGUACAAGGAAAAACUAUUUUGAAAGUUUUUACGGUAUUGCUGCUGUUAUAUUUGUGA